CUACAUGAAAAAAGGCAAAAAAGCACCAUUUUAUAGACAGACAGACACCAGAGUGAUCUUUAUUUCUGCAUGCACAAACACAAAAGAUUGCCCAAUUGCUUUUUCCUCACCAAAAAUUUAAUCAUUUCUUCAACUUCCUUCCUUUCCCUUUUUCACUUUACCAAAACCGCAAAUCACGGUCAACAAUCUAUGGACUCAAAUUCCCACUACUGUCUACCCAGUCUCAUCUGCACUCACUUAGGGCACCCAUUAACACUUUGACCGUAUAAUUGAAGCCACCAAUGAAACCCCACCCACGUAAUGAGAUCAAGUUAACUUCCUACCAUGGAAUAACUACCGACUGUGCGUUGGUUACUCAGUCAGUGGGAAGUGGACCCGGGUUGUCUCGCUCCUUUUUUUUUUUGGUGGUCCGAGUCACCAACUCGGACCACCCCCGCCAUCAUCACACACAAACUCUGGAAUUGCAGUUUCUAACAAUGCUUUUCUAUUUUGACCCUUUAAAACCCAUCUUCCACUUCUGCAUUCCACCAUCACUCUACUCUUCAAUUUUGCUUCUUUUAUGGAUCCGGAUUCAGUUGCUGAACCGGUUCCGGGUACGCCCGGAAUUCGGGAAUUAAGGUCCGAUACGGGACCCGGGCUUUGCAAUCAACAGAAUGGGGCUAAUCAGGGAACAAGGAAAGUAGGGUUGAGAGCUGAGAUUGAUACUUCACCGCCUUUCGGGUCGGUUAAGGAGGCUGUGACCCGGUUUGGUGGAAGUGGGUCAUGGAUGCCUUAUUACAAGAUCUUUGAGGAGAUAGAUAUAAAGAAAGUGGAGGAACAGGCAGCAGAAUUGGAGAAGGAUCUCAUUGUGAAAGAAUUGGAAACACUUGAUGUUCUUGAAGAGCUUGGAACGACAAAAAGAAUUGUUGAAGAGUUAAAGCUGCAGCUACAGAAAGAAGCAAUGAGAUGUAUGACAAUCCCGGAUGAGCCCAUGUCCAGUCCUGCUAUCAAAGAAAUGAACAAGGAAAACUGUAGAUUUCACGUCAACAGCCGAGAGCAGAGAAUGGGAAGUUUGAGCCCUUGCCCUACAUCAUCGCCCGACAUGAUCUUAAUGGAGUUGAAGCAAGCUAAAUUGAACCUUGGUAAAACUAUUAAUGAUCUUGGAGUGAUUCAAACUUCCAUUGAUUCUUUGAAUAAGAAAAUGAAGAAAGAGAAAACCUUUCUUCAGAAAACCCGAGAAAGGCUAACAUCAAAAUUUGCAGGGGUGUUAUCUCUAGAGGAGGAGCUGAAACAUGCAAGAGUGAAGCCACAUAUUUCUGAUAAUGCAGUAACUGAUUACAAGGCAGAGCAGUUGAAAAAAAUGGUUGCAGCCGAAAAAACAGAAGUUUCAAAAGCAAUGUUAGCGAAUGAACAUACCAAGACUAACUUAAAGACUGCUGAAUUGAGGUUGCUUGCUGCCAAAAAAAUGGAGGAAGCAGCAAGAGCAGCAGAAGCUGUUGCACUAGCUGAAAUCAAGGCUCUAUCGGGCAAUGACAGCUCAUCAGGAUUUGUACUCCCAGAGCCAGAGAAAGUAUCCUCAUUUGACGCACGAACUCCACUUACCCCUAAAGCUCAAAAAGCUGAGGGUCUUGCCAAGAAAGUAGAAGUUGCCAGGCUUCAAAGGCGCGAAGCAAAUAUCACUAAAAUGUCUAUUCUGAGGAAGUUGAGAGAAGCAACAGAAGAAGUUAAACAAAGUAAACAAGUCCUGGAAGAAGCAUUGAACAAAGUUGAAAUGGCAAACAGAAAGCAAUCUGCCGCUGAAGAGGCUAUCCGGAAAUGGAUGCCAGAGAAUGAUCAGGAGGGACAGGCAGCAGCAUACUGCAUGACAAGGUUUAGUAACUACCAUUUGCAUCAACCCAAUAACCAUCAAGAUUCUCCACUCCAUGAAGCGAAGGAAUCAAACCUGGUUAAUGAAGACAGAAAGCCCGUGCUAAAAUCAACAGUUUCAAUGCGGGACGUACUAAGCAGGAAGCAAGUUCAGCCCGAAGAAUAUGUAAUGGCAAGACCAACAUCAGAAGUCCGUGAAGAAAGACAAAAGGUAGCUUUGAGUCAAAUGCUUCAUGAACUCAGAGAGGAUCUUACAUUUCAUCCAAGAGUUGAGAAAGAUGGAGGUGAUCAAAAGCAGUUCUUUGCACAGAGGAGAAAAUUUGGGUUCAUUCACAUAUCAUUGCCUAUGACAAAACCAAGUAAGAAAAAGACACAAGAUUUCAAUAAUGUGAUGCACUAGAUAGAAUUUUAAAGCUUGUGUAGUUUUAUUUUCUUUCCUUUUGUUUCCAUAGCAUUGGUCUUGAAAUAUGGUGGUUAUAGCUUGCUCAUGUUGUUUGUGGCUUUGAGGUUUUGUUCAGAUAAAAAGAAUUUCUUGUUUUUUCUUUGUAAAGAUGUAUUGCUGUGUGGCUCUCCUGUACCUCAUGUGUGCUUUAAUAUAUUUUGACCAUUAAUAUAAUUGGCAUUUACUCUCA